UUCGUUAAUAGAUGACGACACUUCUGCACCCUGUUAUCUGAUAAAGGGAAACCUCUCAUCCACGACCAGAUUACAUAACUUAUUAUGUUUGUUGAUAUUUAGUGUAUUAUCUGUUACAUCAGUAUGGAGGAAAUUAAACCUCCAUUUGUGGUUGUUUUAGAAACCCUGCUGGAUACCUCAGGCGAUGCUGAAAAUAUUGUGAGAGAAGCAGUAUGUAAAGCCCUCCAAAAAUUAGCUAAGGAACGCACAGAUGAAGUUGUGCUUAAGAUAUGUUUAUAUAAAGAAAAGAAGGGUAGGCUUUCUCCUAACCACAAUAUGGUAUUACUGAAUGUAUUGGAAUCUGUCGCCCAAGACAACAAAAACAAAUUGAGUGAAGAAAUGGUUUCUAAGUUAAUAGACUUUAGUGUUGAAGAAAUGUUAAAGACUGAAAAUUCCCAGAUGACCCAAGGUGUGCUUAGCAGUAUUUUAAUAGCAAUUGGAACUAAUCACUGUCGAGAGGUCCUAAGUGCACUUAUUCCCAAGAUACAGCCCGGCUGCGACCCAAAUCCACACCUCUUGAUGACCUUGGGUCACCUGUCUUGUGCUAAUGUAUCUCAAUGUGUGCCAAUAAUCAAGGUAGCUUUUAAUAUCAUGAUACCAAUGAUGCCUUCAACGAGGAAUGAACAGCUGCGUAUUGCUUUAGCAUUUGUUAUUGGGAAGUUUUGUGAAUCCUUGGAAGAGUAUCUUUCAAUAUCUGAAGCUGAAAGGGAUCCCGCUGUAACUGCGCAGACGUUCUCAGAAGAAAUAAUUUCUGCCUACAAUGUCAUUGCCAAUUCAUGGGUUCAAGCUAAAGAAGUCAAGGUGACAGAAAGUGCAAUAUGCUGCCUUGGUCCUCUGUUCAACCUUUUGCCUGAAGAGAAGGCAGCUCUCGCGACAUCGCGUGCUGUGACCUGCCUCCUCAAUGCGUAUCGCCGGCCUUGCAUACAGCACCAUUUAAUAACCUCCUGCCUUGCCACUGUUCUCAGCACUGCUCCCCCUUCAGCCAUCAUACCAGUUCUUGAUCAAGUUUUGCACAGCCUUGGAAAUAUGGUAAUAGUACCACCUGACUAUUCGCUUCCCCACACUGUAAAACAACAUAGUGAGGUGCUUCGCUGUUAUGAUCAUAUAGGAAAACAUUUUACUGAACGGCUAACAGACCUUCUCUUGAAGCAAAUGAAACUUGGCAGUGAGAAAGAAAAAAUAGAAUGCUUGAUUGUGACUGCACACUUAAUUUCUGGUAGUGAUAAAAUACUUGAAAAUCGGCUUUAUGAGAUAAUACCAGCUAUGAAUAUACUCCUGUCAGAUUCCUCUGUUAAAGUCAAGAAAGCAUUAGUGAAAGCAAUUGUUGCACUGUUUUGUAAACGUAGUCACUCUGAAGGUCCUUACCAUGUUGGAAAUUCUAAUGAAGCCUUUAUUGAAUUUUUAGUCAAAAACUCAGUUCUUUCACAAACCUCUACAUUACAGAUCCCGGACUACAUAGAACUGAGUAAUAUCUGUACCGCUACCAUCCACUUACUCAGCAGUACGGUGGACAACCUUAGGCCUUGCCUCUGGAACACUCUUCUUACGUUGAUGAUGAACCAAGCCUUUGAUCAAGCCAUCCCUACUAUCACGAAGGCUCUAGCUCAAAUAGCACCAAAGACCAAUCCCGAAGAAGUUGUACCAAAAGAUGGAGGACCUUCACCCAGUCUAGAAACUGUGCUGUGCCGAUCUUUUGCUUUUCUUGGUUCUCCGCUGAAUAACAACCGUGGAGUGUCGAUCCUGCAGUUCUUGCAACACUUUUCAAGGUACCUCAGUCCACACAUCUCUGACCUAUGGGCCCAUAAGCUUCCGCAACUCAUAACCUAUCUCCAAGUAUCUGAAUGGAACGAGUCUGAAUGGGAUUCUCUAUUGUUGGAAGUGAUUAACAACACAGUAACAACCAUUUCUUGCCAUGAGAGCUCAUGGCCGGUGGAAAUGUCUAGAAGAUUGACCAGCUUACUUGCUACCACCCAGCCGGGGGAUGAGGAGAACGUCUUGCUCUGCACUCUGGCGAUCACCACAGCAGUCAUUGAAGAUAAGCAACAUGUUGCAGAAGAUCUUGAGACUAUACUCCUUCGAUUUAAGGCUGGCUCAAACAUAAAGAUAUGUGCAAGAGCUAUUGGAAUCCUAUCUUCGGCUCAUCUGGAUAUGGUUUUAGCUCGCUUAGAAACUAUUGCUCAAACAGAGCUCAACAGAAGAAACUCACGCCUCCUUGGUUUAAUGAAGGAUACCAAAGUGGAUGCUGAGAUUGAAAAGUGUCGUGAAGUUUUGCUUGAAUGUUAUGCUGCUAUAGCCCAGCGCUGCCCUCUUAUGGAAUUAUUCCCUAAACUAGAAACCCUAACUCAGUGGAUAUUGUCACAGAUUAUUGUUGCAAAGGAAGGAACAUGUCGAGAAGCAGCAUUGGAUGCUAUUUACAACUGUGGUGAGAGUUUAGUUCGUAAUAAAAAUAAUGGUAGCAAACACACCCUUAAGAACAGGACCAACAUUCUGAACAUUGUUCUUCAGCAGAUACACCAGAAUAAGCCUGAUCCUUUAUCUAUCAGGGUCAUUACUGUUUAUGUUAAAUUACCACCACCACUGAUCGACUCAUGUCGCACCCACAUCUUGAAGAUAUGCUUUGAUAGGGUCCUUUGUCAAGACCCUCCCAAUAAUGGCUACGACCAUGCAACAGCAGUUCAGACCAUUAAACAACUUGGUGAACUGGUCGAAGAACUACUUCUGGAAGAUGUAAGCCCUGACCGCCUUGAUGAGAUUACAACUAUGCUUGAAAGUUGGGUCCGUCAUCGCAACCCCCAGCAACGGCAAGCUGGGAUCACUAUUCUCAGAACUGCUCUUCUUGCCUAUUACCACCACAUGAAAAUAGGCUAUCAGAACCCCAGCACUUUAAAUCAAUGUGGAGAUUUGAUUGGCACCCUCGUUGUGAGAUUCUUUGAUUCUAAUGAGGCAGUAGGGAAGAUGGCAGCGCACUCUGCUGGAAUCGUGCUGGCAAUCGCUAACGUCUACGAAGGUCAUUCUCAUGACCCAGCUGUCGAGAAGAUAUUUGACAACCUUCCUGAGGAAAACACUGCCUCCCAUGUCGCAAAGAUUCUGUGUAGCCGUUUACCCCAUGCUCAGAUCCAUAAGUUGACCGCUCGCUUACUUGAUGGUCUAACAGACUUUGACCAAUCAGCUUGUUCCAAUGCUUCCGAUGUCCUUGCCAAUGUCUUUACCCUUAAAGGUGCUGAGCUCUUUCACUAUGUCAACGAUAUAUUAGGUUCCUUGUUGCUUCAACUUUUCAAUGUUGGAAAUCAUCCUUCAAACGGAGUGAAUGCAGUCACCGCUCUCGCCAAACACCAUCCCAAACUUGUGAUGAAUAUACUGCUUAAACAGUCUCUACCUCUACACAUGAGUCUGUCUGACUGUUGGCGGCAACUGGCUGCUGACCAACAAUUGAGUUUGUACGCACUUGAACACUUGUUACAAAUUUUGCAGUCAAGUGAACUUUAUCAGGAAGAAUCGAGUAAAAAUGUCAACAGGCCAAAGGUUGCAGCCUUUCAGCCUCUUUCAGCAACGUGUGCCUUAAGUGAAAUGGUUGAGAGUGAACUUAUCGCAGAGCUAUUGCGUGCUAAUUUGGCUCAGCUACUGCCAAGUUUGAUGACGAUACUUGCAGCAUUCAUUGGAACCUCGCCGCCAGUUCUUGCGGCCAGUCCCAACAAGAGCACCCUUGUCAUUACCAACAGAGAUGCCUUUAAGAUUGUACCCAAUAAGGUUGUAAAGGAGUGCUUGGAAAGGGUGCUGCAAGCCGUGGGCUGUGAAUCUGGUGCCAAAGCUCUAUCUUCGACUCCUCAGCUGACCCACAUCGAUGCAUUAGUGUCCAUUAUACCUCAACUUACUGUGAGUAUCUGUCAGACAUUUCCUACGUUACUGCCAACAUUAAUGGUUGUUCUUAACCAGUAUGCUGCUACCACCUGUGAACCCCAAAGGAUUAUCAUUACUGCUUUUUAUGCUGAGUGCCUUGCAGUUCAAUGUUCUACUGGUGGUGAGGCAUCCCUGGUUGAUAGCCUGGUUGCAAGUCUGGAAUCCGCGGCUACUGCUCCCGACCAUAAUGUCAGAGCGAUUGCCCUAAGAGGUCUUCGAUAUACUGCUCAGCUGCCACCAAUAGAGAGAGAAAAACAUAUGAGUAGUGUAUUGACAUCGUUGCUGGAAGGUCUUGAGGACUCGACCCACUCCAAGGUGUCGUUGGAGUCGAUGUUGAGCCUGAGCUCUCUGGUACCAGCGCUCAGUGAGGACACUGUUGCUAGAAUCCAAUUGCCCCUGGCAUUAAGGUUGAAACCUUUUUUUGAGAAGGAAGAAAUAGGUCUGAGAAGUGGUUCUCUUAGACUUUUCGGACAGUUGUAUUGUAAGGAGCGACCAGGACAGAGCGGCUACAGAGAGCACUUGGAAGCUUCCCUCGUAUGUCUUCUCCUUCAUCUGUCGGAGCCAGAGCCAUCAGUUGUCAAGGCUUGCAAGUAUUCACUACGUGAAGCAGCCCCUGUUCUUGGAGCCAAGAAGGUCUGCUCUAUGUUCCAGGAUCAUCUUAUCGAUGAUGCUAACCUCCAGUAUGAGCAGUUUGUUACUGUUCUUGUGAAGUCUAUUGUUGAGGAAUUGGAUCAUCUCUCAUUAAACAUGUUCACGACAUGUGUCACAUACAUGAAAAGUAAUUGGCCUUCAGUACGGGGUAAUGCUGCUCUUCUCGCAGGUUUGUUGUACUUAAAUCUGAGCGAAAGCAAAAGAAAAGAAAUCUCUCUCGAACCCGUCUCGACCAAGCUACUGCUUCUUACUAACGAUACCAAUCCAGAAGUACGAGCGAAGGCAAUACAAGCAAUAGCUCUGUUGUUUUCGAUUUGAUUUAUGAUUAUCUAUUAAUUUUGGGCUGUGAUUCUUCAUUUAGGAGUUACACUCUAGCUAGUCUUACUAGGAAAAAAGUCAUAAAUUUAAGAUUAUUGCUGAAAUGAUAUAAACAGAUAACGAAAUAUGAAUUGUGAUUUAAAAUAUGUUCACCGCAUUAGACUAUUUUAUUUCUAUUUUCGUAAAAAUAAAAAUUUAGUUUUAUUUGUCAAUAAAAUGCAUUAAAUCAAUAGGGAUACAGAAAAUGGUUGUGAUGUCUUCCGUGAUGUAAUUAGAGUGAGACUGGCGCCUAAACAUAAAGUUCAUAUUAAUAACUUUUUGAUGUGAGAGCCUAUAACUGUUUUAUGUAUUAAGAGAAUGGAUAUAACAACGUGUUUUGUAUUCUAUAGCCAUUUCUUAGCUCAUACCACUGGUGCUUUUAUUGAACUAAUGAAAAAAGUAUAUAUAAUUAGUGAUAUUUGUAAACGAUUUAUUUUAUUGCUAGUCAAUGCUUAUACUAUCACUUUUGUUUAUCAUCACUGCUCAGCCUUAUUUCAAUUUCAAUUUAAAAAAAAAAAUAUUAAUGUACUUAUUACAAUUUGUAUAUAAAAUAUUUAUAAUAUAUUUUUCCAUUAAUUUAAUACAAUUUUGUAUGUUAUUUUUUAUUCAAUCUUAAGUUAAGGUAUUAUUAUGUAUAUCUAGGAUGUCCAAUACAAAGAAGUAUUUAAAACAGGCCUUAUAUAAUGAAAUGAUUUUAUAUUUAUCACAUAAACUUUAUUGUCUUGUUGGUAUUGUUUUACUGUUCAUAGUCUAUUUAUGUUAGUCUGUUUUCUUUUAUGAUACUUAUCUUUUAAUGAAACCUUUUGAAUAUAAUUUGGCAUUACUGAUAUGAUAUUUCUCUUACAAAAUGUUAUAUUUUUUAAAAUAAUUUAUGGCUUUAUUUAUUCGCUUAUAUGAAAUUCCAUGUUAAUUGUAUUGAGUGUAAAUAUCUGUUAAUUUUAUUAAGUGAAGUAAUCUAUAAAAAAUAAGUAAAGUGAUAAAAAACCAUAAUUAAUGUAAAAAAAAUUCUUAUACAAUCUGUUUAAUAUUUGGUUAAUGGUUUAAUAAUAUAUUUUAAAAAAUAGUAAAAUCCUGUAUUU